AUGACCACGAAAAUGGAAACGACCUUCUAUGACGAGAACGCUUCCAAUGCGCAGCGUGACGGAACAGGGCUGUUCGCAUUUAACCCUAAGACUCUGAAACAGACUAUGACACUAAAUCUGAACGACCCAAAAAACUUCAAACCCCAGCUGAGCUCCAAAGCUUUGGAUAUCCUCACCUCCCCGGACGUGGGUUUACUGAAGCUGGCCUCGCCUGAGCUCGAGAGGCUCAUCAUUCAGUCGUGUACCGGUUUGACUACUCCCACUCCGACACAAUUCAACUGUAACAAGAACAUCACAGACGAACAGGAAGGGUUUGCCGAGGGCUUCGUAAAGGCGUUAGCAGAACUUCACUACCAGCAGCUUCCAGCGCCUGCCACAAACUCUGACGCACAGCCCAGCGGCAAUAACAAUGUGGCACCUGGCCCUGUGUCCGAAAAUGGUGGCGCCCCUUUCAGCAGCACGGCUCACACGGAGCCACCAGAGUAUACCAAUUUAGGCGCAUUUGCCGGUGCCGUGGGCUCUGUUACGUCCAAUGGGAAACAUGUAUCUACAGGUUAUGCAGUGGCCCAACCCCACAACCACAUGGACCACCAAGUAGCGGCAGCUCACCAUCCGCGGCUUCAUGCGCUCAAAGAAGAGCCUCAAACCGUCCCAGAGAUGUCGGGGGACACCCCUCCUCUGUCUCCCAUCGACAUGGAAUCACAAGAGCGCAUCAAGGCGGAGAGGAAGCGCAUGAGGAACAGGGUAGCUGCGUCCAAAUGCCGGAAAAGAAAACUGGAAAGGAUCUCAAGGUUGGAAGACAGAGUCAAAAACCUGAAGACCCAACACACAGAAUUGGUUUCUUCUGCCAAUGUACUGAGAGACGAGCUGGCGCUACUCAAGCAGAAAGUUAUGGACCAUGUUAACAGUGGCUGCCAGCUUAUUCUUACCCAACAGCUCCAAGCUUACUAA